AUGGACCCUUUUAGAUAUCGGAAGGCGUAUGAGGCCAUGGUGCAUACAACGCAACUCAUUGAAGAACGUCUGAAUCAAGAUGUUCAGCUCAACGAGGAAGGCACAGUUGAUGACGAUGGCGAUGUACCAGAAGCCGCCUUCCAGGAGCAAGAUCCGGACAGCAUGGACUGGACGCCUACGGAAUCGAAUACUCCACCCCCAGAAUGUGGACCACCCCCGACUCUAUCGAGAAAGAUGCGUCAUCUUCUACCUGGUGGUGGAGACGGUGAUCUGCAGGCCGAAGAUCGUGGCGAGAACGCAGUGCUCCUACACAAGCUCAAAGAGGGGAAGAUCAUGGAUGAAUGCAUUGACAAGCUGGUUCAUGAUCUGCCCGACGUCUUGAAUUAUCAGAAAUCACUUUCAUUCACUCCUUCGACGAUCGAAGUACCUAAAGACUUUGGUCUGCAGCUCAGCAUUUCGAUAAACCACCAUCUCGCUCAGAUAGAGGAUCGCAAGGCGCUGGAAAAGUACCGCAGGUUACUCGGACAUCGCAAGGACGCGACCAAGAAGAAGCCCGUCAGGCUUGGUUUUGAUCCAGUCGAAUUGAUCAAAAAACAAGCUGUAGCCUUUGGAAAAGACGUCCCUGCACCUGUCUGCACGCUAGACAACGAGAUACAUCCUAUCUUCCGUCUGGAUAACUGGCACGGUUGUCCAGAUGGGAUCUACGAGGUCUUGAAACCGGCUUUGCAACUAGCCACCUUGCUCUUGACAUCUCAGGCCACUGCUCACUUCUGGCACACUCUGGUAUUUGGCAAGAGGGAGGCCUGCGAGGAGACAUCUGCAGCAUAUGGUCAGCCUUGUUUUCGCAUUAAAGAGGACGUAGCAUGGUCUGAAGAACACCAUGCGACGUUCAAGAACUUUCUUGACAAUCAGAUCGAUACGGUGCACUUCUACUUCCACCACGAUCCUCUACCACCAGAGACUGCAUAUGCAUCGAUGGGUCUCGUCAAAGAUUACAAGAACGGUUUGAUGCGGAAGAUUAAUCACAAGUGUCAUACGAGUCGCAUCUGCCUUCAUUCAGACUUCUACACUACCGCAAAGAAGCUCAGCUUACUACGAUACCGGGAGCCUGCAAUGGUACUGCGAUACAACAUGUUCCUUGCUACCUGUCUGGCCCAUGAAGUUGCACACUUCUGUGAAGUAUCUGGGCCGCAUCACGACCAUCCCUUGCUCUCCGAACCCGAGGUCUUCUUCGGCGACAACAUGUGGACGGAGAGUGGAAUCGCUUUCGAACUCAAGAUCUUUGGUGGGCGCAUUCACCCGCUGUCUAGCCGGAUCGACUGUAAAUUCGGGCUCGCUUGUCUGGACUACCCGCUCAAGGAACUUUACGACAAGGACGACAACGUUCUAUAUGCCUUGCCAAUGGACUAUAUCCUCAAGCUACAACAGAAGGAAACAUGGGAGCAAGACUUCAGCAAGGCUGGCCCGGAUGUCUUCUUCGUUCCACGCACCGGAGGCCGCUCAAUCGAGAUCAACGGGACCAAUCUGAUGAUCUGGGAAGAUGAGAACGAUGCAGAGAUCUCGGAUCAUAUUGAUAACGAAAAUACGGAGUGGAUGCGCAUGGAUGAUGGGUCGAUUGCGAAGAACCCAAAAGCAAAUAAUCGCAAACCCCAGCGACAACCCGUGGUACCCCGAUGGAACCCAUACAACAACCAAAAGAGGAAACAAGCUGUCGAGACAGGAGCCCCGUGUGUCUCUACCGAGGUCGUGGAGAUAAAAGAUGAGGAGGCAAAAGAGGAACAGAAAUUGGAGCCUCCUGAAAACGUUGAAGCAGGCAAAGGUGCUUCGGAUCAGGAUAUGGCUUGA